AUGGACAACUACAUCUGCGUAGAUCCGCUUUCGAGCAGGCCCAUUGAAUGCUGGAAAAAGUACAAACGGCUAGGACGAGUCUCUGGGCCAGCUAAAACACUCAGGCUUGACACCCCAGUUUUUGACAACAAAGUCAGGUUCGUCUGCAUUUCCGAUACGCACGAGAGGCUAGAUGAGUUUCUUCCAAUCAUCCCUGACGGUGACGUGUUGAUUCAUGCGGGAGACUUCACCAAUUAUGGCGAUCUUGGAGAAGUCAUCAAGUUCAACUCUGAAAUUGGUCAACUCCCACAUAAAUAUAAACUGGUGAUCCCCGGCAAUCACGAACUUGGUUUUGAAGACGGCGAAGUGAUGAAUGAUAAGCAAAUGGCUGGACUGAAUAUGCUUGGAAUUAAGAAGGCUUAUGAGCUGCUCAGUAACUGCCCACAUUAUCUCUCGACCCGCUCAAUUGACGGUUACGCUGGUAGGAUCAAACGGAUUCGUUUACGGGUAGACCACACUCAUCCAUAUGCGGAGUCAGGGCCUCAUUAUACCUUCCCGUUAUGCGUGCCUCCACACCUACGAUCGUUGAAAGGACGCGUAGCAGAGGCAUACAUAAUAUGCGUAUACGGUAUAAAAGUCUACGGAACGCCAUGGCAUUCAAUGCCCGGAUAUUCGUUCUAUCGUCCACGAGGACAAAAAAUUCUUCACAAGUGGAAUAUGAUUCCGCCUAAAACAGAUGUGCUUAUUACUCAUACGCCGCCCCUAGGUCAUGGCGAUUUUAAUUCAUGGGAUAAAAUGGACGGGAUUCUGGCCGGUGAUGUUGAGUUGUUGAAUACGGUCGAGCAACGUGUCGUACCAAAGUACCAUGUGUUCGGUCAUGUCCAUCAGAUGCAUGGUGCGACCACCAACGGUACGACAACCUUCAUCAAUGCAUCGCUUUGUGAUCACAAACUACGCAGCGCCUAUGAUCCUAUCAUUUUUGAUCUUCCUCUACCACGCGGAGUAUCUAAAUAA